AUAUAAAUCGAUUAGUUCUCUUUGGGAUAUCAAAUCCAUUAGUACUUGCAUUAAGAUACAAUAUCUCUUGUGAGUGUUCCAAAUAGAGAGUAAAACAAUGAGAGCUUGUUAUCUCCAAUUUCUGCUUCUGCUUGCACUCUUAUCAUGUAAUGCAACAAAAUUUGGAUUUAGUUUCGAUUUGCGUGAUUCUAAAGUCAGAUGCAUAGAAGAAGAGCGGCAAGCACUGCUCCAAUUCAAACAACACCUUGUUGAUCAUUAUCAUUGGCUGUCGUCUUGGUCUAGUAUUGAUGAAGAUUGUUGCAAGUGGGAAGGAAUUAAAUGCAACAACAAAACAGGUCAUGUUGUUAUGCUUGAUCUUCCAUCAGAUUAUGGGUGGUAUGCUGAACCUGCAACAAAAUAUCUAGAAGGUGAGAUAAGCUCUUCAUUACUUGGAUUGCAAUAUUUGACUUACCUGGACUUAAGUUAUAAUAACUUUUCCGGGAAACCCUUCCCAAAUUUUAUUGGCUCACUCACUAGAUUACAAUAUCUCAAUCUUUCAAGCACCAAUAUAGCCGGAGCCAUUCCACAACAAUUUGGAAAUCUCUCGAGAUUGAUUUCUCUUGAUCUCAGCCGGAAUUAUGAUAUGAUCACGGAGGCACAUAAUCUUGAUUGGUUAAUUCAUCUUUCAUCUUUAACACAUUUGGACCUGAGUUUGGUCAACCUCAGCCAGGUAGUCAAUUGGCCCAACAAAGUUAUGAUGCUCCCUUCUUUGACACACUUGAGUCUACGUUAUUGCAGUCUCUCCACAUUCACGACUCCUCCUCAGUUGCUUUCCAUCAAUGCUAGUACCUCAUCACAACUUCUAUUUCUAGACCUUUCUGACAAUUAUGAUCUGAUGGAGGUUUAUAAUCUUGAUUGGUUAAUUCAUCUUUCAUCUUUAACAUAUUUGGAUAUGAGUGGGGUCAACCUCAGCCAGGUAGUCAAUUGGCCCAACAAAGUUAUGAUGCUCCCUUCUUUGACACACUUGAGUCUAAGCAGUUGCAGUCUCUCCACAUUAACGACUCCUCAGUUUCUUUCCAUCAAUGCUAGUACCUCAUCACAACUUCUAUUUCUAGAUCUCUCUGGCAAUUAUUUCACCUGCUCAAUAUUUCAUUGGUUGUUCAACUCCACUACAAACCUUGUUGAUCUUCACCUUAGAUAUAUUAACGGGUUACAUGAAUGCUCCAUUCCGGAUGCUUUUGGUAGCCUAAAUUCACUUCAAACACUAAAUCUUGCUGGAAAUAUGCUUGUUGGUGGCAUUCCAAGAUCUUUAUGGAAUUUAUGCUCCUUAGAUUCAUUGCAUCUUGGGUAUAACCGUCUCAGUGGAAACCUUUAUGAAUUUAUGAGUAAUGCGUCAAGUUGCUUAACGGACUCCUUGCAGCAUUUUGUUAUAAGCGACAAUAGAUUCACGGGGCCACUGCCUGAGACUAUUGGAAACUUAUCCAAUCUCGAGACCUUGAAUAUUGAUAACAAUUCACUCACUGGGGUGAUCUAUGAAGCCCAUUUUUCAAAUCUCAACAAGCUGAAAUGGUUAGAUUUGGGGUUCAAUUUUUUGAUUUUGAGAUUCAGCCACGAUUGGGUUCCACCAUUCCAACUGUAUGUUAUUUCUUUGAGCUCUUGCAGACUGGGAUCAGCUUUCCCAAAGUGGCUUCAAAGUCAAAAGAAUUAUAUAGUGCUAGAUAUUUCUAAUGCUGGAAUUUCUGACACUAUUCCAGUUUGGUUUUGGGACUUUCCUCCGAGGUUACAAUAUUUAGUGAUGUCUAACAAUCAGUUGCAUGGGAACUUGUCAGACUUGUCAUCUCCUAGAUUUAAUGAGUUGGCUGGUAUAGAUUUAAGCGCCAACCUUUUUGGCGGUUCAAUAUCACAUUUUCUAUUGAAUAAUGUGUCAUCACUAGACCUAUCGAAUAAUAGGUUUUCUGGGCCCAUUUCCUUCCUAUGUGAACUCAAUACUCCAACGUUAUUGGAGUCUUUAAACCUCUCAAACAAUACACUAUCUGGAGAGCUUCCAAAUUGCUGGACGUACAUUCAUCACUUGGUUGUUCUUAAUUUGGCCAACAAUAAUUUUUAUGGAAAAAUACCAGACUCAAUGGGCUCCCUAGUCUCGGUUCAACUUUUGCAUUUAAGCAACAAUGGACUUGUGGGAAAGAUUCCGACGUCCCUUAAAAAAUGUAACGAGUUAAUAACCCUUGACUUGGGAGCAAAUAACUUGUCCGGAACGAUACCUCCAUGGAUUGGUGAUAGUUUGCCAAAUUUGGUUAUUCUUAACCUACGAUCUAAUCAGCUUUAUGGAAGUUUUCCUUUAAGCCUAUGUCAUCUAUCAUACAUUCAAAUCUUGGACAUUUCUUUGAACAAGAUUGAGGGAACUAUUCCAGAAUGUAUCUACAAUUUGACCGCAAUGUCUCGUACAAUGGAUACAAUUUCAAGUGCCAUUUAUGCAAGUGCCAUUUAUGCAAUUGCCAUUUCUGCAAGUGUCAUUUAUCCAAACCUUGGAAGGAAUUCUUAUAUAGACCAUGCAUCCUUGGUAUGGAAAGGAAGGGAGUUUGAGUUCAAAAAUUCCUUGGGACUUUUGAAGGUGAUUGAUCUUUCGAAUAACAAAUUACGUGGAGAGAUUCCAGAAGGAAUUACUAACCUUACAGAAUUAAUUGCCUUGAACUUAUCGAGAAACAAUUUAUCUGGAUUAAUCACUUCGAAGAUCGGUUUGUUGAGAAAAUUGGAGUGUCUUGAUUUAUCUAGAAACCAACUUAAUGGUGAAAUCCCAAUGAGCAUUUCCAACUUAAGUUUUCUCAAUCAGUUGGACUUGUCCGCCAACAACCUAUCAGGCAAAAUCCCAAUAGGAACUCAAAUACAAAGCCUCGAUGCUUCUAGAUUUUUGGGAAAUCCUAAACUAUGUGGCUCUCCACUUCCAAACAAGUGUAUAGACGAUCUUCAUCCAAGCUACAUUAACACUCGGGGCGACAAGAAUCAAAAUGUUCAGGAAAAUGUUGAUGAUAGAUUUAUAACAAAAGGAUUUUAUGUUGCUGCAACUCUUGGAUUCAUUGGAGGAUUUUGGGGUGUGUGUUUCAUAUCAGUGCUAAACAUACGGUAUAUAAUGAAACAUCUCACUUCCAAUGCUCGAAUGAUGCUACAUGUGGCAGCAGCUCUAUGAAUGCUCGCUUUGUAAAGUUAAAUUAUAAGUGAUCCAGCUAGCAGGAGACAACUACAUCAUUUCAAUAAGCUAGUCAUGAUACUAUAUAUAGUACAUCAAGAUCAUUUUGUUUUUAUUUUUUCUAGUGGAUUAGUUGUACUUUUAUUUUUGUUCAGUAUAUUGUAUCAAUCAAAAGACAAUUAUUGUAUCUUAGGCUAAUUAUUUCUAAGUAUUUU